AACAAAGCGUGGACUCUGCCCGGCCGCACGGAAAUGGUUUUGUUUCGGUGGCGACCCACAAUAGUAUGUGAGAAAUGAGGGCUGCUGAGUAUUUACAAUUCAGUAAGCUCUCUUAAAAGCGUUUUUCAUUUCAUUAACAGUAUUUUAUGUUUCGUUAUUAUUGUUUUGAUUUUGCCUGAACUAAACGAAGGACAGCUAGCUUGUUAGCUAGCUUGACUAACAUCAGCAGGCAUGCCGUCCUACUCUGAAUUGAGGAAAACCAACCACUUCUACUACUUCAUCAAAUUUACCUUAAAUAUCUACUCAAUGCUCUUCUCGCUCAUGGGGCUCUGUGUGCUGUGUGUGGGGGUGUACGCCGAGGUGGAAAGGCAGAAGAAUCGAACCCUGGAGGGGCUGUUCCUGGCCCCGGCCGUGGUGCUCAUCCUGCUGGGCCUGGUGAUGUUCACCGUGUCUGUGGUGGGCAUGGUGGGAUCCCUGAGGGACAACAAGACCCUGCUGCACAUGUUCCUCUGUGUCCUCUGUGUGUUGCUGCUUCUCCAGGCCAUCGGCCUCACCACGGCGCUCAUCUUUGAAAACAAGACGUCUGCGCUGUUUCAGAGCAGCAUACGAGAAGGAAUCAAACACUACUACGAUGAUCUGGACUUCAAGAACAUCCUGGACUACAUGCAACAAAAGUUCUCGUGCUGCGGAGGAGACGAGUACAAAGACUGGGGAGUCAACCAGUACCACUUCUGCAACGGGACCGGGCCACUAGCCUGCGGGGUUCCAUAUACCUGCUGCGUGCGCCACAAGGUGGGAGAGGUCGUCAACACUCUGUGUGGUUACAAGACUCUGGAUCAACAGCGUGAAACCCUGCACGAGCUGAUCCACGUGCGCGGCUGCAUCCAUGCAGUCAACCUGUGGAUGAGUGACAACAUUGGGAUAACCACUGCACUCUGCUGCGCCAUCGGGCUGCCGCAGCUGCUGGGCAUCGUCCUGAGCUGCGUCUUCUGGAACCUGCUGGUGGACAUGAGCGAGUCCUCCGACAUGGUGGACUUCAAGCUGAAGAAGAAGGAGGUGGAGUACAACGAGCUGGACCUGGCCGGCGCCGGCUGGUGCAUGUGUCUGCCGAGGGACGGCGGCUACCUGCCCAUCCCCGUCGUAGAGCCUGACCUCGACCCGAUCGACGUGCACCUGCAGAAGCUCAAGAAGCAGGCGCCUCGCACACACACGCAGCUCCAGAUGCUGCAGGUGUCCAGGUCUGCCACGGGGCUGGACGAGGUAGACGUUGGGCGGAAGCAGAAAAGGGAACACUGAGCGGUCUUUUUGCCCUUUUUGGGUUUUUGCCUUUUCUUUCUGUCAUUGUAAUCAUUUAAUUAUCUGGAGUUGUGUUGCACUACUUAACGGUCGAACCUGUCCGUCAUUGGCUGCAGAGAAGUGUGGUCGGCCGAAGGAUCAGAAGAACUUUGGCACUUGUUUGGAAUUUGUUUACAACAAAAAAAAUGAAGGCACAACGUACAACGUUGGCUUUUUAAAUAUGUUUAUUUUGUCUUGUUUGUGGCGGUUGAUAUUCAAAGUUUAUGGCAUUAUAACACAUUUUAUUUAUUUAUUAUUUUAGCCUUUGAAAGUGAGCUGCGUCUCAUGUGCUAAAGAUUACCUCAGGCUGUCGCAGCCCGAAGUCAGAGGACGGUACUGUUUGGUGUGUAAAUUAUAGGUAGCUUGAACAAACGUUUUUCAGUGUCGGAGAAAUAGGAAUAGCCAAGUACGUGUUGCGUGUAGCGUCUGUGAAGGAUGUAUACCGUUUGUGUAUCUUUCUUUUUUAUCAUGAUUUGAUUUUGAUCAGUGUACAUUGUAAGACUGGUAGUUGUGAAAUAACAUGGGAUGCAUGUUUUGUACUGUAUAUAAGUAAGUUAAAAAAAUAAACUAAUAAAAACUCAGUUUACAUGUCAGGCUCUCAUCAGGGGGGGGCUUCAGUCUAUUCCAUUUGUAAACUCAACUUUUUAUUCCAUCUUUUAAUGGGAUUAUCCAGACUACAAAUCCAGUGAAAAGUUACUCAAUGACGGUUUUUUCUACCUGAGUUAUGCACUGUGUCGAGCUUCCCCCGAGCUCCUGCCUUGUAUCAGCACUGCUGUUGUCAAUAAAGCUGAAUUUGUCUACUGGU